GGUGGUAAUUUUGUCAUAGCACAACAGAAACACAUGCGCACCACGCCCUCUCUCCUCACUCUCAGCGACUGUUUGUUUUUUCAGAAAACGGAACCUCUUCAAACUUGAAACUUGAAAGUACGCGAAUCGAUCGGAACCGAUGCGGAUUCUUCAAUUUCUAUAGGAUCCAAUAUGUGCUAACUGCAACACGUUUGCGACUUAUUGUGUACCUGUUACUUAGCUGUAUUAAGCAUGGGGACGCAUUCAUGGUAUACAGUCAGCAUAUAGCAGGAGAGGAGGAAAGGGGAGUGACCAAAUGAGGUGAUGAUGCUAUUAGCAGUUGUAGUUUACUGCGAGCAUCUGACGGGCGCUGCACCUCUUCAUUUUGUUGUCUUCUUCAUGAAGACUUGCUGCUUAUUAUUAAAAAAUGGAUGAUGGUCGGCAACAUGAAAAUGGGAGACACAAGAUGGACUAUUACAGAGGGGGGACAGCACCUCCGUGGAAUAUGAUGGCCCAACAGCAAGCGAAGGAACCAAAUGCCUUAGUCAUGAACAAGAAGAUCAUGUCCAUCAUUGCUGAAAGGGAUGCUGCUAUUCGAGAACGGAAUGCAGCACUUGCUGAAAAGAAUGAAGCCUUGGCUGCAAGAGAUGAGGCUCUCCGUCAGCGAGAUGAGGCACUUGCUCAGCGUGAUAGUGCCAUGAUGGAACGGGACAACGCCUAUGCAGCCCUUCAUUCACGGGAUAAUGCUGUCAACUUCCCAUUGGGUGGUGGGGCUCCACGUGGAGCUAAACGCAUGCACCGUACCUCAAACCAUUCAGUUACCCUGGCUGAUUCUCAUUACAGCACAAAAGAUAUGCAUAUAACUGAGGCCUACCCAGUUUCACUUAUAUCUACUGAAGAUGUCAAGUCACGUCAGACAAAGCGAGCAAAGGAGAACAAGGCAUCCAGGGCAAGGCAGUCACGGAAGAAAGUAGGCGAAGAUUUAAAUAGACAGGCUUCCUCGGAUGGGAUAAAGUAUAGAUCAGAGUGGGAUGCUCAUGAUUUGGGUUUGAAUCUUGUCACUUUUGACGAGUCUGCAAUGCCAGUGCCAGUGUGUUCAUGCACUGGAAUUCCACGGCAGUGCUACAAAUGGGGGAAUGGCGGGUGGCAGUCAUCUUGUUGCACCACCCAUAUGUCGAUGUAUCCACUACCUCAGAUGCCAAAUAAGCGCCAUGCCCGGAUGGGUGGGCGGAAGAUGAGCGGAAAUGUUUUUACUAGAUUGCUUAGUCGGCUAGCAGCGGAUGGUCAUGAUUUGUCAAUACCGCUGGAUUUGAAAGAAUAUUGGUCCAGACAUGGGACAAAUCGCUACAUAACGAUCAAGUAGGUCAGAAACAAUAGUUUGGAAGGAUGCUUCCUUUUUAGGUACCUCUCUCUUUCUUCUCACUCUACCUCUCAUGUCUCUGAAUUUAACGGAUAUAUUCAUUGGCAUGCGGCUGUAUUCAAUGAAAUCAAUUGGAGAGGAUUUCGAUAA